AAAGUACUGAAUUUUUGUUGAUAUUGACUUCAGUUAAUUAUAUUCUCAGUAAUUUACAAGUGAUUUAUGCUCUAUGGAGAGCUGAAAAGAGGCAGUAAUUAAUAGAAUAAUAAUCAUUAACCAUCACAAUAUAAUUCGCAAUCCAAAUAAGCAACAGAAACUCAUAGGAAAAGUGAAAAAUAUUAAAAAUUUAAAAGUGGCUAAUGUUUAUGGAUUUAAUCAUAUCUAGUAUUUAAUUAAUUAAUAGUGAGACAAUAUGACUAAUGUUGGAUUCCGUAAAAGGUCAAGGUCGCGUGAAGACUUUAAUGAAGAGUUCCCACUGUCCAAAAGAAUCAAUAAUUUGCAGAUAUCAGGGGAGUUUAGAUUUACACAAAUUCCAUUAAAUCAGCACAUACAACAGCCAGAAGAGACACAACAACCAAACCAGCAUAAUGCAAUGCCAACAUAUAAUCCAGAACUGACAUUUGAGGAGAAUCCAGUCUACUUCCGUGAGAAUAAUGUCCUCUAUGAUCUUUACCUUGAAAGAAUGCGAAGGAACAACAAGGAUCCAGUGCUUUAAAUUAUUAAGUUCUUAUCUCAUUCUCAAAAUGCUAAUCCUUUAUACUAUAUAUUUUAUAUUAAGAACAGUCCAAAGAAUUUUGUGUCUCAUUUGCGAACCUAUCUGUUUUUUGAACUUAAAUAAGAUGUUGCUGUAUUAUCAAUUUCGUGUGAUAACUAAGUGCGUACGUUCAAGUUUUGAAAAUUUGGCAUUGACUAAUUGAACGAGAAUUUUUGAAAUUUGAUACGAUUAAUAAAACAAUGUCCUU